AUGUCCAAGGUUUAGUUACUACAGCCAAAACCUAACAAAUCAGUUUUGGAACAACAGGAUGAGCUUAACAGAGUAGUAGUGUGUGUGGAGGUAGAGGAGUUACAUUCUCUCACUCAUGGCGUCUUCCCUCAUCUCCUUCUCUCUCCUCAAACCAAAACUCAAUUUAAUCAGAGCUUCAUCAUUGCCAUCAUCCGUUGCCACCACCAUUACCGAAACCAGUACAUCGUCGCCUAUGCUUGACCAGAAGUUUGGCCGGAAAGGCAUCAAAUUCACAGAGACUGGCAGCAUUCCAACUGUCGAGCUUACCACAAGAAAUGGCAGCUCACUGUCCUUGCGAAUACCUGAUGGUCUUGUUACCUCGUACAAGCCAAAGAUCAACUGGAAAAACGAUGGGUUUGAGGAGCUUCUUUACACUGUCCCUGGCCCUGGUGGUGACUUGGAUUCAAUCAAAGGUGGAGUUGGUUUAGUCCUCAAUGAUGUUUCAGAGGUAAAUUCAAAGGUUAGUCCGGUCUGUACAUCGAAAUGGGAAGUUAAAGAUGUUGAUUCAGACUCCAUUGAUGCUCUCCAGGUUGAACUAAGCUGUACAUGUGGAACUCUUGAAAUAUCCUACAUUGUGUCAUUGUAUCCAAUAAGCAUGGCAACAGCAGUAGUGGUACAAAAUAACGGUUCAAAACCUGUAAAUCUAACUAGUGCAAUAUUAAGUCAUUUGAAAUUUAAUGGUCAAGGUGGUGCUGCAAUUGAAGGACUUAGAGGUUGCUCAUACUGUUCUCACCCACCAUUAUCUUCCAAGUUUGAAAUCAUGUCUCCAGCUGAAGCCAUGAAACCUGAUUCACCUGGUUGGUUUUCUUUUGGUUCUGAACCUGAAAUUAAACAAGGUUCAUGGACAAAAGAAGAAAAUCGUUUUACUAUGUUGAAACAUAAGUUUAGCCGAGUAUACACCGUCCUCCCAACAGAAAGAUUAAAGAGAAUUUAUGAUACAGCACCUUCCAAAUACGAAACCAUCGAUCAGGGUCGUGAACUUCAAUUUAGAAUGAUAAGGAUGGGUUAUGAUGACAUUUACAUAGGAAGUCCUGGUUCUUUCUCUGGAAAAUUUGGAACGGAAUACUUUGUAUGUACUGGUCCUGCAUCAAUGCUGGUGCCGGUGAUUGUGAACGCAGGUGAAGAAUGGCGUGGAGCAUUGAUGAUUGAGCAUGAUAAUUUGUAGUUAGUUCUUAAUGAAUUAUUGGUUUGUCAAUCUUCCUUGUAUAAAUAAAGCAGUGUAUUGGUUUAUAAAGUUAAUCCAACCGAAAUGUAAACGUGAAAUUUUUGUUAUUGAUAGAAUGCGAUAUUAGUACGA